AUGAAUAUCAUAAGCAGCAAUAGCGAAAAAAGCAAUAAUUUAUCGCAUCGAAGCCAUCAUCAUCACAGUAAUAGUAACAGUUCACAUGGCACAAAUAGAAGUUUAAAUCGCAUGCGAAGGCCGCCCCGACAUCAUGUACGCUCGGAAAGUCCACAUCAUUCUUCCGGCUCGGGCUCAAGUCCAGCACUUUCUAAUAGCUCAUCAUCUAGUCCUGCACCACAAAGUUCCACACCAAGUCCACAAGAAUCUCCGAAAAAUUGCAGUUACAUAUAUCGAGAUUGA